UCUAAGAAAUGGCGGGAGGGAUGGUGAAGUGGUGGGAUAUCUAGGUUUUACCGAAGCAAAAUUUCAUUUCUCAAACUGCUCUUCAAACUGCUCUCGAUCACUCACUUCGAUUCUCUUGUAGGGUUUCAUUAUUCUUCACUCCUACCUUUACAGGGGAAGAACGAUGUAUGCAAGUCAAUUCGACGGCAACGCUGCCUUCUCCGGUGGUGGAUUUAUGCCAUCUCAGACCACCCAGGCCCCUGAUCACUCAUUCUCUCCGGCCAAAAAUCGGGAUGUCCAGGCAUUGCUUCCAUUAACAGUGAAACAGAUAAACGACGCAUUUCUGUCCAGUGACGAUAAAUCAAAUUUUGUUAUUGAUGGUGUUGAUGUUAACAAUGUUAAGCUUGUAGGGAUGGUGCGUAAUAGAGCAGGAAGAAUUACUGAUGUGACUUUUGCACUGGACGAUGGCACUGGACGGAUUGACUGUAGCAAAUGGGUCAAUGAAGCUGCGGAUUCAAAUGAAGUUGAGGGAAUAUUGGAUGGCAUGUAUGUCCGGGUCCAUGGCCACUUAAAGAGCUUCCAGGGUAAAAGAACUUUAAAUGUCUUUUCUAUCAGUGCUUGUUCUUUGCAACUUAUGUGCAUGAUUUCUAUACCAUUGCGGCGUUGGGAUUUUGAUAUGAAGUAUUUGGCUUACAGGCCGGUGACGGACUAUAAUGAGAUCACAAAUCACUUCAUCGAAUCCAUAUAUGUUCAUUUUUACAACACCAGAUUGCGGAAACAACAAAGUAGUAGUAUGACUACUCAGCCACAGAUGACAAAUCUAUCUAAUACGCCCGUGAAAGGAUAUCAAGCUCCCAUUGCAAAUCAAUACACUGGUCAAGCAGGCGGUGAUAGUUGGAAGAGCCUUGAGCAGAUGGUCUUAGAUUUUCUGCAACUUCCUUCAUGCGAUUCUGAAAGAGGCGCACACCGUGAUGUCAUUGCUCAACAGCUCAAAGUUCCACUAGAGAAGCUCAUUCCGGCGAUGAAAAAUCUAGAAGAGGAAGGCCUAAUCUACUCAACAACCGAUGAUUACCACUUCAAAUCAACCGCCAACGGUUGACGUUUCUAUUAUGGUAACUAACGAAUUGAAGUGAAGUUUUUUUCAGUGCCGUUGUUUCGCUUCAUCUAUAGUUUAAGUUGGGUAAAUCACUGUGGUCAAAAUAUGAUGCUGAAACGUCUGUUUUAGCCUCUAUAACAGCGAUCCAAAAUCCCACAUGGCUAUGCCUUGUUUAUAGUUGAUGCUAUUAUUGUGAUGUUUGUUUGUAUUUUCAACAUAUGUGAAGUGUGCUAAUACGCCACAGGGUGCCAGCAGCCUGGAGAGGUGGAUUUGGCCGACUCCAGGACUUCUUUCCAAUCCGCAAACAGUAACUUUUUCCCUUGCGAAAUUAGAGGAUAGAACACUGUUCAUUUUUA